UGUCGUAUUAGAAUUCCACUCAAUGAGACCCUUUGAAAAGUACCCAGGGAUUCUAUUAGGAUAUUACGAUAUUUUAAACAAAUUUUUAGAUAAAACUGUGAGAGGUGAAAUAAUAAAAGAGGAACAAAAUUUUGUUAAACAAAAACAUAUUUGCGAAAAUAUUGAAGAAGAAGGAGAAUGUAACGAAGAAAAUUGUGAAGAAUGUAAGAAAAGUAAUGAAGAGGUGAAGGAAUUGUGUAAAUUUGUUGAGUAUAAAUUUGAAAAUGUUUGGGUUAAAAAUAAGAUAUUCCGUUUGCUUUUAAUUUUUUCUGCUGAUUCUAAAGAAGUUUUAGAAAUGUAUCAAAAAGGCUAA